AUGGUAGAGCAACCCGCAAACGUGGAUGCCGCCGUGAAUACCCCAGUUGUGGUUGAUUCAAACGAUGAUGGAACAGUCGCCCAGGAACUGGAAUUAGAGCAUAUGAGGAGUACAUUGGAAGAGGCGAUUGUGGAAACGCGCAGUACGACUCUCGAAAAUCGACCGCGACUUCCCCGCAUAGCCCUAAGCAAGCGGAAUCGGGCUGUCGAUGGCGUUUGCUGGGACAAAUGUCAGUUUGUCCCAGCCGGAUACAACGUAAAAACUGCUGCGUCGUGGGGAAAGCGGAUUCGGCGAUAUACCGAGAGGUCGACACGGUUCAACCAGAAUCGUCUCUUCCAGAGUGAUCAGAAGAGGCUCUAUGCAUCAUUGGAGCGACCAAUAGUAAGUGGAACGGGCCCAGCACCGAAUCAGGCCGCACUUAGCAUUCUGGCGCGGCCUGUGGUCAGAGCCCGUAAACCACAGCGAGGGCCCUUGGACGGAAGUUGUGGCGAGUCAGUGUGCGGGUAUUACGCCCAUGGACCCCGUCAUCAUAACACCGGAUAA